GAAACAAAGACAAAUGAAACAGAUAAAUAAUAAAAAGGAAAGAAGAGUGAGGAAAGAAAGAAAUGGUGAAAAGGGGUUUUUUGGGCUGAAUUUCAGAUCCGCAGAGGCAGAGGACGAAAACAGAUGCAAAACAAACCUUACAGACAAACAACAAAUCAGAUUUUCACCUUUUCCUUUUCCUGAAAUCAAUGGCUGAUAACCAAGACCCGGCGCCGCCACUCCCCCCGUCCACGUCGUCACCACCGCCCUCUUCAUCCCUACCUUCGAAAUCGACCGCUCUUUCCCUUCCUACACGCCCUACCAUCACUCUCCCACCCCGUUCCACCAUGGAAACGAUCUUCAAUGGUGCUGGUGGCGGGCUGGCCGGGCUCGGCUUCAGUCCGGGACCCAUGACCCUCGUCUCCAGCUUCUUCUCCGACAACGACGAGUGCAGGUCCUUCUCUCAGCUCCUUGCUGGCGCCAUGGCUUCCCCCGCGGCUAUUCCCUCACAACUCCUUCGCCAGAGCUUCCCAGCGCCGGGUGAAUUAAAUUCCACUGGCCGAGAUGACGAUUUUCGGUUCAAGCAGAAUCGGCCGCCGGGUUUGGCGAUUGCUCAGCCACAGUUUUUUACGGUUCCGCCGGGGAUGAGCCCCGCCGGCUUGCUGGAUUCGCCGGGGCUGUUCUCACCGGGUCAGGGGUCCUUUGGAAUGACACACCAGCAGGCUCUGGCCCAGGUCACAGCUCAGGCUGCACAAUCCCAUUCCCAUUUGCAUGUCCAAACCGACUAUCCAUCUUCAUUAUCAACAGCACCUACUACAUCAUCAGCACAGCUUUCAACCUUUACUACCAAUACAACUGCACAUCAGCAGGGCCCCUCAAUACCAGACUCUGUUGUCGCAGUGAAUGAAUCGUCUGAUUUCUCCCAUUCUGAACAGAGAUCCCAACUUUCUUCAUUUGCUGCUGAUAAGCCUGCUGAGGAUGGCUACAACUGGCGGAAAUAUGGGCAGAAGCAGGUGAAAGGUAGUGAAUUUCCUCGUAGUUACUACAAAUGCUCCCAACCAAAUUGUCCUGUCAAGAAAAAGGUUGAGCGCUCUCUUGAUGGCCAAGUAACCGAAAUAAUUUACAAGGGCCAGCACAACCAUCAACCGCCCCAAAACAAUAAGCGUGCAAAGGACACUGGAAAUCCCAGUGGAAAUUCAACUAUUCAGGGGAAUCCUGGCUUAGCCUCUCAAGUUCAAAGUGGGACUUUAAACAAAUUGAAAGAAGGUAUAGCUCCUUGUUCAAUGUCACAGAAGGACCAGGAAUCUAGCCAAGCUACACCUGAACACUUAUCUGGGACAAGUGACAGCGAGGAAGUGGGUGAUGCUGAAACUGGAGUAGAUGAAAAGGAUGAAGAUGAACCCGACCCAAAGAGACGAAGUACAGAGCUCAAGGUUUCAGAGCCUGCUUCUUCACAUAGGACUGUUACGGAACCUAGAAUCAUUGUGCAGACAACUAGUGAAGUGGAUCUUUUAGAUGAUGGGUAUAGAUGGCGAAAAUAUGGACAGAAGGUUGUCAAAGGAAGUCCCUAUCCAAGAAGCUAUUACAAAUGCACAACCCCAGGAUGUACCGUCCGUAAGCACGUCGAGAGGGCUUCAACAGAUCCAAAAGCUGUCAUUACAACAUAUGAGGGUAAACAUAAUCAUGACGUACCAACUGCUAAAACUAGCAGCCAUAACACAGCGAACAGCAUAGCAUCACAGCGAAAACCAGACAAUGUGGCAGUCGAGAAGCAUGCCUUAACUAACAAGAUGGGUCUUAGGAACAAUAACGAUCAACAGCAGAUAGCGCGAUUACGUUUGAAAGAAGAGCAGAUAACAUAGUUUCUGCGUUGUGAAUGUGAAGAGCAGUGGGUGACAGACAGAUGGCAUGAAAUUUUGCCAUUAACAGGCAAACGCUGCCAAGUUAACUUUCAUUAGAUCGGCCAUAGUUUUGAGGAAGCCCCACCUCUAUCCAAACAGCCAUAUACAAAAGAAUGGAACUAGGAAAGAAGACGGAGAAGUCAGUUCAAAACAAAACUUGCCUGGAUUAAUACAGUAACUGAUCUUGUUGUAUGUAAAACUAGUGUAAGAAGCAAUAUCUUAUUGAAAUUAUACCUUUCUGUGCAUUCUUUUGUACAUGGAAAUACAUGUAAUUUUAUUCUA